ACGCGCACUCAUAGAAUCCAGUAAAGAAUGAGUAUAGAAUCAGGAUAGCACAACAGACAACAAAAAUUGUGAAAAUGCAAAUGAACCCUUACUACGAGGACCAACCAGUGUAUGAAGAAAUAGAGCUGCAAAAAAAAGCCGAACCAACUGAUGUCAGAUUAAAGCCAGGCAAGAGUGGCAAUACAGAUACGAUAAAUUAUUCGACUUCGAAGAACCAGGCUAACUGGAGAGCGAAGUGCUGUUUGGUUGUUGUUCUCUUCCUGUUAGCCAUUGCCAUAGUGGCAGCAAUUGCAUUGUCUGUGUAUGCUCUAGUUAGCUCUAACCAAGGCAUGGAUACUCACAGCUUGAUGCUGCAUUUCCAAGAGCUAAAGAUGCAAUUAAACGAGACAAAAGAAGUGAGUGAAAAAGAAAUUGCACAGUUAAAGAGAGAUCUCACACGAAUACAAACUGAGGGCUUUAUGCUACAAAACUCGGUUGAUACGGCUAAGUUAAACAGCCUACAGUCUUCAGUGAGCUCUCUAAACACAACCAAUGAAGCAACCAUGACUCAAUUGAACAGCCUUCAGUCUUCAGUGAGCUCUUUAAAUACAGCGAAUGGGGCAACCACGACUCAAUUAAACAGCCUUCAGUCUUCAGUGAACUCUCUAAAUACAGCAAAUGGGGCAACCACGACUCAAUUGAACAGCCUACAGUCUUCAGUGAACUCUCUAAAUACAGCGAAUGGGGAAACCACGACUCAAUUGAACAGCCUUCAGUCUUCAGUGAACUCUCUAAACACAGCAAAUGGGGCAACCACGACUCAAUUGAACAGCCUACAGUCUUCAGUGAGCUCUCUAAACACAACCAAUGAAGCAACCAUGACUCAAUUGAACAGCCUUCAGUCUUCAGUGAGCUCUUUAUAUACAGCGAAUGGGUCAAUCACGACUCAAUUGAACAGCCUUCAGUCUUCAGUGAACUCUCUAAACACAGCAAAUGGGGCAACCACGACUCAAUUGAACAGCCUACAGUCUUCAGUGAACUCUCUAAACACAGCGAAUGGGGCAACCACGACUCAAUUGAACAGCCUUCAGUCUUCAGUGAACUCUCUAAACACAGCAUAUGGGGCAACCACGACUCAAUUGAACAGCCUACAGUCUUCAGUGAGCUCUUUGACCACUCGAGUCAACUCUCCAGUGAACCUAUACCAGAACUGCAUCCAGGAGAUCACAAAUUGCACAAUCGGCCCAAGAACAACAGAUACUUAUUGGACAGAGUGUUACACAGCGUUUGAACCAAUCAGCAGAGCAGGUUACUACACAACGGACAUCAGGUGUGAAUACGAAGCACCAACUACCUACAUUAUUCAAGAGACUCAUAUCUUGCGCAAACGUGGCACAACCAUUCAAUGUCAAUGCCAUCUAUCACGACUGGAAGGGUCACAGCAUACUGCUGUUCUAUCGUUCGUUUCUACGUGUUCCCUAGUGAUCACCAGAUGCCCUAGCUAACGAGUGUCUCUAAUAUAACUACACCAAAGAUAUAAUUAUGAAACUGAAACAGUAUAUAGAACUUUAUGCAAGAGAUUACAUGCAUGCUAGAUUUGUAUAGAGAUGUGUUUUUAUGUAUCAAUGAUUUGUUUUUACGGAUA